AUGUCUACCCAAUUGAACGCGGGAAUCCCGCUCUCCCACGCGCCCGACGGCGUAGGCUACAAACUCCUCGAACUUCCCUCAGAGCUAGCUGAACUUUUGGAAUCGGAAAACCCGCCUACUCUAACCCUCCACCCCUCCCCCACCGCCGCCCUCCUCAAAACCACCAUCGACGGGCUUCCCAAGACUUACUCCCUUCGACAAAAGAACACCUCCAACGGGCUCAUUCUUUUAUCCCCAUUUACUACUACUCAAACUGCACCACAACCACGGCCAGAUAAUAAACAGACAACAACAGAACCGGGAGACGAGAUGGACAUAGAACAAGAACAACAACAAGAACAUCAAGAAGAAGAAAAAGGGAUGGGAAUACCUAUCCCAGGCCUCCGAACCCUAACUACCCUCCAUGAAACGAUCGAGUUAGUUCCCGAAGCGGAAGGCGCUAGUGCGCCGGCUGUGAAGGCGAGGGGGAAGUGGCAUGAGAAGUUUGCACGGGGGCGUUAA